GUAGCGUAAUGUGAGAUUAUUUGCCUCGUUCUUUCUCUCAUGCCCCGUUUUAUUGCAGGGUGACACGCAAUCCGGCAAUUUCUUGGGAAAGAAAGUAGGGAAAAAUUUAAAUAAAAAUUAAACUUAUGUACUUUUAGGCAAAGAAAGUUGACCAAAAAAACUUUUCAGGAAAUGGACUGUUAAGAUUUUUUUUGCUAAAGUGCCGUUUCAAUCUUAAUAAACUUUAUAAAUUAAUUAACACUGUUUAUAUAUAAUUAACAAAAUCGUUUAAAUGAUGCAUUUUUGAAAUGAAGUUAUUAAAGUUUGAAUAGAAAAGGACGUCAUUUAAACACUUUGUGUGAUUCUGUUUACUUUUAUGAUAUGGAUUUUGAGCAUAGUUUGUACCUCUAGGAGGACAAAAAACGAUAUGAAUCGAUACAUCAAAUGACGAUAUUGAGUUAGGAGGAUGUGAUUCUAUCCGAUUUGUUUGACUUAUCGGGAAACACGUAAUGUAUUAUUUGUUACGCAAAUCUGGGCAGGACUCCACACGUAUGCAGAGAAAUAUACAUAUUUGGUUUUAUUCACUGCAAGAAGAGCUACUUCCAGAAUUUAUACAUAUUUCUUAAUUUUUUGAUAUUAAUUUUGAAUUUUGGUAAAAUUACGACUUUUUAAUGAGGUCCAGCUCGAGGAAAUUCCUCUUAUCGAAAUCUUCGUCGUCCUCCCUAACUUCGGAUGGAUCCAUUAAGAAAGCAAAGUUUAAGUCCAUCAUUCUCCAAAAUACGAGAGGCUCAGUUAAAAAAACAGAAUGCAGAGUGGUGAAAGUUGCUAAAGAAAAUACCGUAUCGUACGAAGAAUUUCUCAACAUUUUACAAAAACCGAACAUAUUUAUAAUCAAGUGGUUCAGCAAUACGGGAUGUUGCAACCGAAAGCAGACAUUUAGCCACUUCGAAAUCACCAACAUUGCAGGGAGUCCCUUACUCAAGGGAAAAUAUAGUAACGACUCUGUCCGAGUUUUUGACGAUAGGAACAAACUUUUCAUGAUGUUGGACUACACGAAAGAUAAGAACCGAAAAGCGGUCCUCACCGUGCCCAAUUCAACCAUACCGUUAGCAACGAUGGAGAAAUUGACAAACUAUAUGCCCCACAAUGAAAGGUUCCAAAUGGUUUCGGAACAUUUUUCCGAACUAAAUUGUAACGUGGAGCAGCAAACUUUACCAAGUCGGUAUAGUGGAUCGUUGUACAAGUACACCAUCACGUCUGGGAAGAAUGUGUUAUCAAAAGUGCUCCAACCCUCGACCGGUGAUCCUGUUUACGUUUUGGUGGAUGAAGACGUGUCAGUAUUUCAAAAGACUGGAAUUUUAGCAGCGUCGAUUUUCAUCAGCCAAAGACCAAUCAAAAGCGUGCGAAAACUGGCUAUAGUUUCAUUAAUAUUUGUUAUCGUUUUCAUCCUUGGAUUUGUCGUGGUUGCAUCUACAGUGUUUGAUUUGAGAUAUAAAGAGAACGAGGGGCCGAAAUUUCCAAAUAAGCUUAAAGCUGGGGAAGAUGCUACUUAAUAAGACAGACAAAUUUAUUAAGUCCGCCUGGAAAUGUUAAUUAUUACAUAAAAUGUUAAUUUAGUAUUUAAUAUGUACAAGGUAUGCAGAUGUAAGAACACAGAUAACACCUUAUUGUGCCUUAGUUGUAUCAAUAGACCCGUUUUGAAACCUAUCUCUGACUCUUUGUCGGAACGAUCUCCUGUCCUGAGUGCUAAUAAAUAUUUGCCAAUCUUCUC